AGGUGGUGGAGCUGGGCGGCCAUUUUGUGGUGCUGCUCGGUCGCUGGCGCUGGCCUCAGCGCGGGAAGCGGGGCCCGAGUGACGAGUUUAACAGAUGGCUCACUGCGUGACCAAGGUGGAACUGUCCAUAUCGUGUGAUAAUCUCAUUGAUAAAGAUGUUGGCUCAAAAUCUGAUCCUCUCUGUGUCUUGCUUCAAAAUGUUGGUGGAGACCAGUGGAGUGAAUUGGAUCGAACUGAGAAAAUAAAGAACUGCCAGAAUCCUCAGUUUUCAAAGAAGCUACUGAUUGACUAUUAUUUUGAAAAAGUGCAGAAUCUGAAAUUUGGAGUAUAUGACAUUGAUAACAAAUCCUAUGACUUAAAUGAUGAUGACUAUCUUGGAGGGGUUGAGUGCACGUUGGGACAGGUUGUAUCAAGUAAAACAAUCACUCGACCUUUAGAACUGAAGAAAGGAAAACCUGCAGGAAAAGGCACCAUUACGAUUUCUGCAGAUGAGAUUAAGGACACCAGGGUUGUGUCUAUGGAAGUUGAAGCUCGGAAUUUGGAUAAAAAGGAUUUUCUGGGCAAAUCUGAUCCAUUUUUGGAGUUCUAUAAACAGAGUGACAGUGGAAAGUGGCAGCUUGUCUACCGCUCAGAGGUGAUCAAGAACAAUCUAAAUCCUUGCUGGCGAAAGUUCAGUGUCCCUUUGCAGACACUUUGUAAUGGCGACUUCAAUACACCAAUCAAGGUGCACUGUACAGAUUAUGAUAGUGAUGGGUCACAUGAUUUGAUAGGCAGUUUUGAAACUAACCUAUCCCAACUACAGAAGGCAGGUGGCAGCUCUCCGGUAGAAUUUGAGUGUAUUCACCCUGAAAAGAGAAAAAAGAAAAAGAGCUAUAAGAAUUCUGGCAUUGUUAGGGUGAAAUCCUGCAAGAUUGAAAUAGAAUAUUCUUUCCUGGAUUACAUCAUGGGAGGCUGCCAGAUAAAUUUCACUGUGGGUGUAGAUUUCACUGGCUCCAAUGGCGAUCCAAAGUCUCCAGAUUCUCUUCACUACAUCAGUCCAAGUGGAAUAAAUGAAUAUCUCACUGCCAUCUGGACUGUGGGGAAUGUGGUCCAGGAUUAUGACACAGAUAAAUUAUUCCCUGCCUUUGGGUUUGGAGCUCAAGUUCCUCCGGACUGGAAGGUGUCCCAUGAGUUUGCACUGAACUUUAACCCUACAAAUCCCUAUUGUCAAGGAAUCCAAGGAGUUGUGGAUGCCUAUCGCCAGGCACUGCCUCAGAUACGUCUCUAUGGGCCAACAAACUUUUCUCCAAUCAUAAACCAUGUGGCUAGGUUUGCUGCUCACUCUGCUCAGCAAAAUACUGCUUCUCAAUACUAUGUCUUGCUGAUAAUCACAGAUGGGGAGAUCACUGAUUUGGACCAAACCCGGGAAGCCAUUGUUAAUGCCUCCAAGCUGCCCAUGUCUAUUAUUAUCAUUGGAGUUGGCAGCGCAGAGUUCAAGGCCAUGGAGUUCCUGGAUGGAGAUGAUGGUGUCUUAAAGUCCUUGACAGGACAGCCAGCAGCACGAGACAUUGUCCAGUUUGUGCCUUUCAGAAAGUUCCAGAACGCUCCUCAGGAGGCUCUUUCCCAGACCGUCUUGGCUGAAGUUCCUAAGCAACUGGUGUCCUACUUCAAGAUGGUUGGUCUGGCCCCUGUGAAGUCAACUGUAGAAAAACAAACAUGAGCAAAGGCUUUUGUUUUCAUUUACAAGAGGAAGAAAGAAUCUUGUCUCUGCAAUUCUCUAAUCAGCAAAUAGUCCUAUUCUUUUGGAAAUGUCUUGUAACUCAAGUUAUCUACAUAUAUCAGGAAAAGAUAUAAUUGCAGGAAAUACAUUAUUAGUGCUCUUGGCUAUCUGGAAAAUGAUGAGCAUCUCAGAUCACAUAUUCUGGCCAGAAAUGUUUGCAUUCUGCACACUUGCACAUGCUGUGUGGCCAGGGCCAGAUUAACCACUUUAGGAUGAUAAGGUUUUAGGACCUCCAUUUCCCAGCUCAGCUACAAAAUUCACUGGAUGACCAUGGGCCAAUCACUGUCUCUCAGCCUAACCUGUCGGACAGGGUUGUUUUGAGGAUGGCCAGGGUUGAGAAUCCAUGUGAGCCCCCUAAGCCCAUUAAAGGAAUGUAAUAAAGCCAUUUUAAAAAAUGGAAGACAGAGUCAAUAAGGCACUUUAAAUUGUAGUAUGCAAAAAUGCCAUUUAGUAGUAUGGCUUUUGAGGUCUAACAUGUACACAGCAGAAGCAGUAUCAUGUCAUUGCAUACACUCAGGGAUGGCUCUGAAUGAGGAGACUUUAGGCCUUAAUUUAUUUAGGACUCAAAACAAAAUAGCUUCUUCUGUACAAGCUGUCCUCUCUAGGUGGAAGUAGCUGUUGCCCUGCAGUCUUUGCACAAUUGCACCUUAAGGAGACAGUAUCAUCUUACAGUGAGGUCAUAAAGGAUGUGGUAGGACUUGCACAAUGCUGCUUUAUCUCCAGAUGGCUCCUAGUCUUGGUCCUCCUUUCUCACAAUGCAGUCCUAUGCAGAAUAGCUCUAUAUGGGAUUGCACUGUUAGUGGUCCGUGUCUCCUUCCAUUGUUUUUGAAUUCAGUACAGCCCUUCAUUGAAUAUUUUGAAAGUAAUAAUAAUCACUCUUACGUAGGUUAAUAGAUUUACGGCAUUUGCAUUACUUUUAUUGUAGAAUUGUUACAUUUUUGUGCAGAAUAAGUAUCAUGGCCACCUAAAUUAUGAGAACCAUCAUGCAUAUCAAUUAUAUAGUAGCUGUACAUUGAUGCCAUUCACUAAGAAAUGCAGUCUUGCAGUUGUUUCCUCUAAUUUGAUAUAUAUUGGAAAUAUAGAUAAAAUAACUUUCCUAUUAUAUAUGCAUAUAUUACACCACUUAGAUGCUGCUGCAUAGUUUCUUGUGUCUUUUACUAGAAGGAGAAGCUUUGCCUCUCUUGAUAUACACCAAAGUAUCUUCUAUUGUAAUUUCUGUUGUGCCUUUAUGAUUCCGCCAAGGAUUUUUUUAAGUUCAUUUUUUUUUUACAAAGAAACUUUAAACUUCUGUUCUAAAAAUGAAAUGCAAAUCAAUAUUUUCUUAUUCUGGUGCUGUUUACAUUCAAAUCCAUAAUUAUUUUCCAAGGACAUUUUGGUCAGUGUGUUUCAAGCUGGGGGCAGUGCACUAAAUGAGACAGUGGAGAUCAAAGAGUGUGAUUCCCCAAUUUAUGUGAUUCUCCAAUUUAUCAGCUGGAAAUUGAUAAAUGAAUGUCUGGCUCUUGUUUUGCUUAAGCACUUGCUGUAACAAUUAUCUCUGGACAUCAAGGAAUGAACUUUAUUGUAUUAACUCUUACCCUGCGGCUUUAUUUGUGUCACCUGUUUUAUGAAAUAAGGCCUGGACAGGAUAGAAGAACUUCAUGAAGCAAAGUUAGUGUCUUUUGUCGUAGAUUUCCAGCUAUAUUUUUGGAAAAAGCAUUCCACUUUUUAAUCAGUUGCCUACCUUUAUUUUUUGGAAAUGUUCACUUUAACAUAGAGUAUAAAAUCUGUUAGAAUUAGAAGAAAUAAUAUAUUGAGAAUGUUAAUGUUUAAUUGCACCAAAUGUUGAUAUUUUGCCAAAAUACCAAAUUCUGUUAAGGUUAAAUCUCUACAUAGAUUUUAUGCAGAACAAGAAGUCAGAGAUCAUCUGAAGCUCCUGUUUGAUCCAUAUAGAAGAAUUCUCCCAUUCAGCAAUUCGAUACAUCACCUUGGGUGUCUCAAAUUUUUCAGAUGCUUAAAUUACAAAUUAAUCAUUUUGUUGUCAAGCCUUGGGGUUGCAUUGUCGUCAUACAGUGAAUCUUGCAAAAAACCCUUGAAAAAAGAAACUGUUUACAGUAUAAUUUCUGAUGAGAUAUUUCUGUUCAGGUCAUUCAUUCUGGUCUACAAAUAUACCAGAAUGAGGGUUUCUAAAUAAUGUUGUGAAUUGGAUUUCUAGGUAUUAGAAUGGGCUCUGCUGAUUCAGACUACAGGGUAAGGAGCAUUCAGCAUCUUUAGCGGCACCCUUGCAUAAUACAAAAACUCCAUGCAAGUAGAAAAUUAGCACACAAAGGAGCAAGCUGGGCUAGAUCUUUACUCUCAGCUGAGGUAGCUAGGGUACAGCUUUUUAAAAAAAAUUAAAAUGGGAGGCACAUUUUAUUCAAUAUGUAGAGAGAGAAGAGUAUAUUUCAGCCAGUUUCUUGACAAUUCCGCUAUCUUACUUCUUGCAAUUACAGGAAAGUACAGUUAAUAUUGUCUUCUGGCAUCCUGAUCUCCCUUUGCCCCAAUGCAACUAUGGGUUGGAUCUAACCAAUUUUUCUGCUUGCAAAAAGAAACAAGAGGCCCUCGUUGGCCAUUAAAAACAGCUAUGCUUAAAAUCAUGGGACUUACAUGCAUAAAAGUCAAGCGCGACAAGGGCUGUAGUAAGAAGGAAUUUCACAAGAUGGAGUGAAAAAGUUUGCUAGAUCCAACAUUGUAUCUGGAAAUGCACUUGAUCAAAUUGGAAUGAGAGUCAUUAAUUAGGGGGAUGAUAGUAUGUGUGUGAAUGAGUAGGACUGUCCAUGCGUGUGUGUGCGUGUGUUUAAACACAGCGCCAAUCUAUUGCACUGUUUGAUUUGGGUGACUGAUGGAGAAAUAAAAUAAUCUGGUUUUCUUGUGUAGUGCAAAUUCGAUUAAAAUCUCUCAUUAAACUUCAA